AUGUUCCCAGUGCAGGUCACUUUAUCUGCAGAAGUGUUUUUCCUGCUGUGCAUCAAUAACAAAGAGGAAAACUUUCCAUCAGAGCUCUUCGUCAGGUCCUAAUCCCUGGAAACACGUCAGACUGGAUAUUGAAAAAGGACUCAAAAAGCCGGUUCGGUGUGAGCUGUACGGGGGAUUAUUAGGAGAUUUUGUUGUCAGACAUUUCAGCUCAUUUCUGUCCCGAACUCCGACUGUUUACCGAGAAACCGGACGGGAAAUUCAAAGCCGCUCAUGAACUAUUCGCUCCAGUGUCCGUCAUUUUAUCUCAGGGACUCUGAGACUUUUCAUCCCAAUAAUAACAAUUCAUCAAUCAGUCCGGACCCUCCUGCAGCUCGCCGACAGAGGAUCCGGUUUCAGACGUGGUCAGGGGCUCCGAUGAUCCGCAGCCCCCCUCCUCACUCGCUCACGUCCUCUAUUAUUUAUUCAGGGCAGCCCGUGGUGAGCGGUGGAUACAGUGGCAGGCCGAUCUCUCACCGAGGCCGGCUGAUGAAUAGACCAGAUCCAGUUCUCCAUCAGACACCAGGUGAGCUCCAACCCGGGCCCAUUCCUCUGCAUGUUUUCCACGGGAGACCCCCGAGUGUGGGUCAUUUAUCUUAG